AUGCAGAAAACCAUCGUCGCAUCCCGUCGCAUACCCAUAUCUCGCAGCAUACCAUUUAAGACUUUCAACCUUCAACGCCGGCGGUUCGCAGAUGUCUCCGAAAGCACAAGACCUUACGAUGUCGUCGUGAUUGGGGGAGGUCAUGCUGGGUCGGAAGCAUGUGCUGGCGCUGCGAGGUCUGGUGCGAGGACUGCCCUCAUCACCCCGAAGAUCGAUAAUAUAGGAGUAUGUUCGUGCAAUCCGAGUUUUGGGGGGAUUGGAAAGGGAACGAUGUUGCGGGAGGUCGAUGCGCUGGACGGUGUCGCGGGACGGAUAAUCGAUAAGGCUGGUGUCCAAUUCAAGGUCUUGAACAAGAAGAAGGGACCUGCUGUCUGGGGACCUCGAGCGCAAAUCGAUAGAGAUCUGUACAAAACCCAUAUGCGCCAUGAGUUGGAAACGUAUCCCAAUCUGUCCAUUAUUCCUGGAAGUGUGGCAGAUAUCAUUGUCGUGCGCGACGAUCCCAAUGCUCUUGGUGGGAGGAUAACUGGUGUGCGACUAGAAUCUGGUCAGAUCAUACCGACAAAUCAAGUAGUCAUUACGACUGGUACUUUCCUCGGGGGUGAAAUUCAUAUUGGCCUCGAGUGCUACCCUGCUGGGCGUAUGGGAGAGGCUGCAACCUUUGGUUUGAGCAAGUCGUUGAAAGACGCUGGCUUCAAACUCGGAAGGUUGAAGACAGGUACCCCGCCGCGAUUGGCCAAGGCGAGUAUCAAUUACUCGUCGCUCGCUGUGCAGUACGGUGAUGACCCGCCUAUGCCAUUCAGCUAUAUGAACGAUACAGUAUCUGUCAAAGAUCAGCUACUGUGCCAUGCAACGUACACUACCGCGGCCACUCACGACGUUGUAAGAGCAAAUCUUGAUAAAUCUAUCCAUAUUCGAGAGUCUGUGAAAGGGCCAAGAUACUGCCCGUCACUCGAGUCCAAAAUUAUACGCUUUGCCGACAGAGAACGACAUAUUGUCUGGCUCGAGCCUGAGGGUUUCGAAAGCGAUGUCGUAUAUCCUAAUGGCAUAUCAAUGACAAUUCCUGCUGAUGCUCAAGAACAAUUGUUGAGAACAAUACCAGGGUUGGAGAAUGUUGAGAUGUUGCAAGCAGGAUAUGGAGUUGAAUAUGAUUACGUCGACCCGCGAAGUUUGAAAGCCAGUCUUGAGACUAAAGCUAUCAGUGGCCUUUUCUUGGCAGGCCAAAUCAAUGGUACUACGGGGUACGAAGAAGCCGCAGCCCAGGGUGUUGUGGCUGGAAUUAAUGCCGGCCGCAGAUCACAGUCAUUGCCCCCAAUGGUUCUAUCACGUAGUGAUGGAUACAUUGGAAUAAUGAUUGAUGAUCUUAUCACCAAAGGCGUAUCUGAACCAUAUCGUAUGUUCACAUCUCGUAGCGAAUACAGAAUGAGUGCUAGAGCAGACAACGCGGAUCAACGACUCACUGAAAUGGGUCGUGAAGCCGGAGUUGUAAGUGACAAAAGAUGGCAAGCAUACCAAGACGAAAUGUUGCAAAUAAAGAUGCUCACCGAUUUUCUCACCGAGAAAGCCAUCAGCCCACCCAACUGGAUCAAAUAUGGAUUCAAAGUCGGCAAUGAUACGAGUCGUAGGACAGCAUUCGAGAUAUUGAGAAUAGCCGGUGUCCAAAUGUCUGAUAUCGCGGCUGUGGUCCCAGAAGUCAACGAUUUCUCUCCACGCAUUCAGAAUAGAGUCUGGAUCGAAUCCGUCUACGCACCUUAUGUUAUCCGUCAAACGAACGAGAUGAAAGUGUUUCAGAGGGACGAGAACUUGAGGCUGCCAGUUGACCUAGACUACGCCUCCAUCCAUGGACUUUCUAUGCACGAGAGGGCGGUCCUGUUAUUGACGAAGCCGGAAUCGAUAGGCCAGGCUCAUCGUAUUGAAGGAAUGACUCCGUCUGGGCUUCUGCGAUUGUUGGCGUAUGCACGUCGUACGCGUCCUGCGAAACCGUUAGUCGAUGAGCAGGAGGAAGUCAUUGGGGAGUUAUCACCAUAA